AUGAUCGCACAGUCGCAAUCGCACGCCUCCGCUCUCGCCGAGAACAUCUGCUCUGAUUACAAGCUUCUCAACGACACUAUGAUUCGACACGAACCAUUGAUCAGGAAGAGAUGGAGCAAGAAGUCGGUCGCUCAAAGGAGUGAGAUUCUGCGAGCUGCCUGCCCAACAAUCGCUAUGGAGCACCAACCGGACUUCGCAUGGCGACACCAAAAUAUGCUAUUUGAAGAAGGCGCUGGUCCGAAGCCCAAGGAACACGUCGACGUAAUGCUUUGGCCAUUCAUCAACCUGGAGGAUCUUACGAAGCCGAAGUCCUUGCUCAUUUACCUGAACUCGAGGGCCCGCAAUCUACCAUGGACCUUUGCGACGGGUGAGGUUGCUUUCUCUCAGUAUGGCGUCCUAUGUUCCAGUUGUAAGCCGCGUGAGAUGUUGGCGACUGUACACUUCAUGCCCAAUACCGACCCUACAGUAUAUGGCCAAGUUCGGAGAGUUCAUGGCUGCUGUGGUCAAGUCGACGGGGAGAUGAUUCAUUGCGAUCUCAUCCAAGGCUUGCAGAUGUUGAAAAUGCAGCAGCGCAUCAUGAGAUUUCUGGUUUCGUGUUGCCGAUACAUCUUACACGACAUGACAGAGGAGGAGAUGCUGUCUGGACCAGUCUUGGAAGAGCCGCCAGUCUCAGAAAUCCUCUUGCCAGUGGAUGGCAGUCAUGUCAAUCUCGCCGACACCAUCGCGAUAGCGCCUUAUAUCAAGCGAGGGGAUCUGGAACUUGCCAGACUUCGAGGCUACGUCAACGCGAUGUACAGCGAAGCUAAGGAUCAUGUACUGUCUCUACGAGAAGAUCCCUCCUAUCUUGCGGACACAAUUAUCGACAAUUCGGAACACAGCCGUGAGCUUAUUCCGGAUGCAUGUGGUCGAAUCGAUCAAUCUGUUGAUACUCCAGAGUUCCUUAUGGGUGUCACAAGUCACAUAAUCUCACAGUCAUACCAGAGGCUGAUAAUGUGGUCCGAAGUCUCGGCAAGACUAGAUCAGCUUUGCUUGCACGCCCAGAACGGUACCGCUACCAAGAGUCAGCUACAGAGUGUCCUUGAUCUGGAGGCGCUACUUGAGCGCGCCCGAAGUUGCCUCUUGGGAGACGUCACUAGCACCAGUAUGGCGUCACCGACGAUGCGGAACUACUAUGAACGCAUAGUUUCUGGAUCAGGAGAUGGUCCAUAUACACAAAUCGCCAUCGCAGGAGGACACACACUUCCAACGGAGGGCGAAGCAUGGAUGCUGAGCGUGUUUCAUCGUCUGCUGGCUUUCAGUCAAAACGACUCUCGGAAGAACAUUAAUGGCUUUGCAGAGAUGUCUGGGGGUGAGAAAAUCAACGUUGACAUUGAUCUACACGCCACAUUGGACCGUCUAGACACUCUCUCACGCAAACAUCAAAGCGCGCGCGCUAUGCUUACAGCUCCUUUGUCGUCUCUCAUCAGCCAGCUCUCCGUUGUCGAAGAGUGUCUUCAUCAGAUUGAGUUAUGGAAGAAGUCAUCGGAAAUCUGGAUGCUACUUUGCACAUCCGGUAUGAAAGCCACAGAGUCGAACAAGGGAGACUUCUCGAUAAAUUGGGCUUAUUAUAUCUAUGCCUAUAACGUACCCGCUUAUUUGGUCAACCCAGCGCGAGGAAAGCUACGCUAUCCCAUCGAUAAGCCGCGAAACGCUCAGAACGUGAAGACAAUGCGAGACUCGGAGUCAAAUCUUGACAAGUUCUGGAGUUGUAUCGACUCUUUCUACGAGCGCAGGACGGGUGUUGCGCAAGAUGAAGUGGUACGUCGAUGCCUCCUGGAAGGUGGUGAGAUGCGCCGAACUGCUCCGUGGACUGGCCCAAGCGUUCCCACAGAGUGCUUCAAAAGCAUCGAGUACAAAGCCAUCAGCAACUACGACCACGAUGUUGCACUACAGAUUACCGGAACCUUCGAUAAGCCGGUCACACGGGGUAGUGCCAAGCGAAAGAAGCGCUACCAUGCUCCUGUGGACAUCACGCCGAUGACUCAAGUUCACGAGAUCGGUCAUCCAAGCCCCGAGAAGAAGCCCGAGAGAAUCUACUGCGUCGACAAGCAUCUUGGAGAGACACCGAAAGCGAUCAAGUGGGACGACUUCAAGCGCGCUAUGAUUCGAGCCGGCUUCUCUGCGGAAAAACUCCAAGGCUCAGCCUGGCAGUUUACUCCUAGUGUUUCUACGGAUGUCGCUCGUGGCAUUCAGUUUCAUGAGCCUCAUCCUGAUAGCAGCAUCCCCUACAUCAUGGCUCGGCGCUUUGGCAGGAGGCUGCAGAGGGUAUACGGCUGGCAUGGUGGUAUGUUUAAGUUGGCUUGA